AUGCUCGCAACCCUCGAGCACCAACGUGGUCAUGUGUUCACUUCACCCAGUGUGGAGGAACGCUUGCGUCAAGCGGCGGGCCAACCGUUGGCAACGUGGAUCUUUGGCCGCAGGCCUAAGUCUCCUGAAGAGGUGGUGAUUGAAAAGGCACUUCGCCAGAGGUAA